AGCCGGACAACAUUCACCAGCGCGUUCACUAGCUCGAUAAAAAACUUCUAGGGUUAAACAUCCGACAGAAACAUUUUCUCACGCGGGAAAAAAGAAAUUAUUUCACGAGCGACUCGAUGAUGAUGACGAUGGUGCAGAGCUGGGACAGCGAGCCAGACUUCGCUAAUAUGUCCAAGAGCGAUAUACUGAGAGGAAUCAUCACCGACAAACUGAGCACAGCUGCUCGGGAGAUCAUAUCGGUGGUGGAGAGGACUGUAGCCGACUAUGAGGAGGAGGCUGUGGGCUUAAGGCAGGAGCUCGACCGGCAGAGGAGACUGCUGGAGCUCCUGCAGCCUGAGAUAAAGCAGGAGGCAGACGAGCAGCAGCUGUUUUCCUUCUGUGAAGAUGGAGGUGGUCCGUUACUGGAUGAUCAGGAGCAGGACAAAUAUGAGCUGAACAACCAGCAGCUGUUUUCCUUCUGUGAAGAUGGAGGUGGUCCGUUACUGGAUGAUCAGGAGCAGGACAAAUAUGAGCUGAGGGUGGAGGACAGUAGGAGCCUAGGAUUCCAGGCACCAAUGGAGGAUGAAGAGUAUGACUAUUUAGAGCAGGAGGAAGGACACACGACAGAGCUGGAUUAUGUAACGAAAUCAAGGUUCUUGACUCAAACAGUUCAGUGUAUGAGGAGAAAAAAACAUGGCAAACGCAAACGUCCAAUCAGCAAAUCACAAAAUUGCAUAGAUCUCAAAAUCCGCAUCUUGGAAAACCCAAACAUUGAAGUGCUUUCAAAUACUGUGUUUCGGAUGUACCGACUUCACAAGCUGAAGGUUCCUCGUGGUUUGCAGGAAGCUGACUUCCUGAAACUACUGAGGUCUACCUUCCCUCAGCUGGCUGGAGAUGAACCUUUUGACCUUUUCUUAUAUUGCAAACCCAACAAACUGAAACCUCUGCAAGUAGACUCGGUGACACCAGAGGAAAUCAUCAGAGUUUCUGGGGGAUCUACCCUCUACAUACGACUGCAGAAAGAAGAUGCUGAUGAAGAUCUUCCAUCCACUGAGACAGAUACCCAUAUAAAUCUCACAAUCCGCAUCCUGGAAAAGCGAAAGAUUAAUGUUUUGUCAGCGCACUUGUUUCAGAGGUGCCCGCUUCACAAGCUGAAGGUCCCUUGUGGUUUGCAGGAAACCGACUUCCUGAAACUACUGAGGUCUACCUUCCCUCAGCUGGCUGGAGAUGAACCUUUUGACCUUUUUUUAAGGGCCAGGCACAACAAACUUAAAGCUCUGAAAGGACACUCGGUGACACCAGAGGAAAUCAUCAGACUUUCUCGGGGAUCUACCCUCUACAUACGACUGUCACUGUGUCGAGAAGAUUUAAGACUUAAGAUCCGCAUCCUUGAGGACCCUAAGAUUGAUAAGAUCACACAAAUAAUAUGGCAGAAUCACCCGUGUCAUGAGCUGAAUGUUCCUCAUGGUCUUCAGGAGGCUGACUUCCUGGCUCUGCUGAGGUCCACUUUCCCUCAGCUGGCUGCUGGUGAACCUUUUACCAUCUUAGUUGCUCGCAACCACAAUCUAAUUCCUCCAAGAGUGGAGAGUAUGACUGCAGAAGAGAUCUGCAAGAACGGGACUGUGAAUCCUGGUAUUUACAUCCGACUGAAGGGUCCAGAGAAAAGGUCUCUACAGAGAGAAGAUGCUACUGUUGCUGCUGAACUUCCUCCACCCAGCCUGGAUCCAACCACACUGACCACUGAAGUUGAGUCUGAGAAACCUCAGAUCAGUCAAUCACACACCCACGUACAUCUCAAGGUCCACAUUGUGGAGGACCCUCAGAUGGAUACGAUCUCGCCCAAUCUGUUUCAGAAUUACCUGCCUCAUGAGCUGCAGGUUCCUCGAGGUCUUCAGGAGGCUGACUUCCUAGCUCAGCUGAGGUCAACCUUUCCUCAGCUGGCUGCUGCUGAACCUCUGGAGCUCCUGAUAUCUAAUGACGACAAGAUACUAGAGCCUCUAAAUGUGGAGUCACUGACAACUGAGGAGAUCAAAGAGGCUGUCCAGUCAACUGAGAGUGCUACCCUCUUUGUUCGAGUGAAGGCAUCAGAGGAUGUUCAGGAUGAUGUGAAUAAGCUUGAUGGUGCUGAAGACUCUUCAUCCUUUUCUGAACAAACCAGACUGCACAGGAGUAAUGAAAUGAAACCGUUGGAUGAAGACCUGAAGGAUAUCAUCCUCAGAGCUUUGCCAUUAAUUUCUGAAGACACUCAACAGUCAUUGAUUCAUAAGCUGUUAAGUGAUGGAGUGGAGUCUACCCAGGACCUAAAAUUUGUCAUUGAAGAUGAUAUUGCUGACUUGCUGCCUCCCCUUCAACUACAGACACUCCUGGAAGCAUUUAAAAAUGAGACAGACCUGGUUACUUUGGACCUGCCAAUGAUUCCUUCCUCUAGCUCACUGCUCAGCAGUCCUGCAGCACCACCUUGCUCCACUCCAUCCGGUGUACUCCCACUCUCGAAUCAAGAACAUGACAACUCAGAAAGCUGCGGGCAAACCACCCUUUUCAGAAAACAGUGGGCAGAGACGUUCCAGGUGCCCUGGGCCCUCAUGCCAAUGGAAAUUCAAGCAGCGGUUGCUGAGGGCAAGAGACCAUCCCCUGCAGCACGGAGACAGAUGGUUAGGAUUUUAGCAGAUGAGAUAAGGAAACACGAGCUAAACCCAACACAUGCUCAGUGUGUAACCAUCUGCCGAAACAUUGUCCGUAAGUACCCUCAGAGCUUUGCUGAUCUGUGUGACAACGGUCAGCUGCUGGAAGAGGAUUACAUCUCGCUUGUGAUUCAAAUCAAAAACCGAAUUGAUAACCUGAAACGCACCAGCAAUUUUCGCCACAGCCGUUUGUCUGGAAUGAAAAGAGGAGCCACCAACAAUUAUGGCUGCGACAGAUUUGAGCCUGGCCUGCUGCCGGAGGAGACAAAUGAAACAGUGGAGCGAAAACGCCAGCGACUGGAAGAAAUUUACCAUCAGGAUGGCUCAAACAUGGUAGAAAAAGACGAAGUAAAAGAACUCAUGAAAGUAACCUUCGACCUGCAGCGCCGCCAAAUAAAUGCACUCCCAGUACCGGCUAUUAGAGAUUUAAGGGACCGCUGGCCUUACCUUUUCACACACAACGGACUUUACACUCAUUUUGAGCUGCUCACUGAUAUCAAAGUGCUUCGCACUCUCGAGGUUGCAAUGAAGGAGUGUGGACCAACCAUCCUGGAGGUCUUCAGCAAGUCCACUAAUCCAGAUAUCCAAUCCAUCCUCUCAGUGGGUCCAAAACUUGAACUAUCCUUCUGCAUCCUGCAACUUCUGAUGGCUCACUUCUCCGAACCCCUCGGAGGACUGAUUCUCUUUGCAAAUGCAAAUGCCACAGCUGCUGAAUUACAGACGACACUCCAACUACCUGCAACUCCUCGACUGAUACUCCUCGCCAAAUCACCGGAAAGCUCCAUUCACCGCUGGAUGAUCAGUCUUGAGGGGCACAUCAUUUGCGAGGGCAUCCAGCCGACUUUUCUGUCCGGCCUCGCUGCUGUCUUUUCUACUUACUACAUCUUCAAUCUUCAGUAUCAAGAAGAUGCUGCAUGCACGCUGGAAUUCAUUCAAAGGCGAUUGAUCGGGAUAAAUCCUGACAGAGGCACCAAAGCUCCACAAGGCAAAUUCCUGUCAAAGGAGACUGGGAAGUUCACACAGGAAAAGACUUCGCCAGUCAACCCCCAAGUUUUAACACUGUUAAAGAAACUAAUGUAGAUGUGAACCCAGCUGUUUACACCCACACAACCAUGUUUCCAUCACUUCAGGGGACAUCAACCUGACAUUCAUGUUUAUUUUGUGGAGAAAUCUGAAUUUCUGGGGUCUGAAGAACCUCUUGGAGCAACGGCCGACACUUUGGAGCUUGCAGUGUAGUGACUGGAUAUCCAGACCAGAACUUUGGGUCCCAUGCAGCGGUCAUAGUCUACAUUGUUGGUUUUAAAGAGGUAUGAUGUCAUCAGAUUGUUUUGAGAGUGCACUUUGACUAGUGCAUUUGUCUUUCAUUCUUCAUUCUUUCAUGCUGCAUGAACCAAGUACCAGAAAAGUUUCUGGUGCCACAGAUUCUGCAGACUGUUGAUACAGAUCACCCUUUGCCUUACUCAAGACUUGUGCAAAUGUGCAAAUUCAAAGUGUGAAAGAAACAAGGAACAAAUAGAACUUUAUGCUGUUUUUUUUGUUCAGGUUGACUUGUAUUCCCCAUUGCAAAUUGCUGUUUUCUACCAGAAACUCUGAAGUACUAUAUUUUGUUUACUGUACUUUUUUUUUUUUUUUUUUUAUCAUUACUGUAAUUAAAGUUACAUUUCUGGAGUAAGA